UCUGCGGUCAGCCCCACUUGUUCUUUUUCAAUAUUUCAUGAUAUAAAAACCUACAACCAAUGGUAAUUGACAUCAAUCACCAACCAAGCAUUGACUAAAGUACAUGAAAAUGUUCAAAACUCUAGUAACCUUCAGUGCCAUGCUGGCUGCUGCCAGCUCUAGUCCGUACGGGCAUGCCAUCUCUUCUCAGAGCAUCAUUCAACACAACGGGGCAUACGCGCCUAUAGGGCAUAUAGAUGCACCUGCUCUCUACGCCGUGCCCCUAGUUCACGCGGCCCCUCUAGCACAUUAUGAUGCCCCUAUUUCCUAUGAUGAGCAUGAUGAUGGCGUAGACGAUUAUGGUCAUGCUUAUCCCAAAUAUGCCUUUGAAUAUUCCGUAUCGGACCCGCACACCGGCGACCAUAAGUCGCAGCACGAGAUCCGCGAUGGCGACGUCGUGCACGGCUACUACUCGCUGGUGCAACCCGACGGCUCCGUACGCAAGGUCGAGUACACCGCCGAUGACCACAAUGGUUUCAACGCAAUAGUUCACAACUCAGCGCCGUCCAUCCACCCGGAGCCCGUUUACGACCACCACCACGACUAUUAAAUAUACCAAAUAUUAAUUAUUAUCAUUAAUAAAGAUAUAUAAAU